AAUGGAGUAUUUGACUUCAAUAUCCGGGUAUAUGUUUCAGCCUAACAACAAAACAUUCGGACUUGCAUCUCUCACUUUUCAAACUAACAAAAGAAAGUUAGAACUUAUUGGUCAUGAAGAGGGAAAGCACUUCUCAUCCCCGGCAACGGGUGGCAAAAUUGUUGGAUUUUACGGGUGGAGCGGUGAACAUCUUAAUGCAAUUGGAGCAUAUUUUGAACCGAUCUCGAAUCUCUACCCAAUCAAAUCAAUCGGGCCAUUUGGAGGCCACCUCGGCCAAGGUGAAUGUGAUGGGGACUGGAACGAUGGGCAAUUCGACGGUGUGAGGAAUAUUGAGGUAAUGCAUAACGAUGCUAUCCUUUGCAUUAAGUUAGUGUACGACAACGGUAGUCAACAAGGUCACCUAGUUCCGCACGAUGGCCGCACCAGAGAAGACGAGGCGAAGGUCACCAAGGUCGACAAGGUUCCAUUGAAAUAUCCAGAGGAGUAUUUGACGUCGAUCUCCGGUUACCAGCGAGACAACAGUGAUGGCAUCAAUAAUGCUAUCAUUCAGUCGCUUACAUUUCACAGCAACAGAAAUACAUACGGUCCCUUUGGCGAGGAGACCGGGAGGUACUUUUGGUAUCCAUCCACCGGAAGCAAAAUCAUUGGCUUUUUUGGAAGAUGCGGCGAGACUCUGAAUUCCAUAGGAGUGUAUGCGCAACCCAUACCGCAUUUGGGUCCUUUCAAAACCGUUAGACCCUUUGGAAACUCUGGUGGGUCUUUGUGGGAUGAUGGAGUGCAUGCUAAUGUGAGGGCAGUUCAUAUAUUGGCCAGCGACAUAAUUCACUCCAUCAGGAUUGUGUACGAUAACAAUGGUUCCAUAGUGGAAGGCUCUGAACAUGGCAAAAAAGGCAGAUAUCGAUACCACAAGCAAGCCACUCUGGAUUAUCCCAAGGAGCGUCUACUCUCGAUAUCCGGUUGUAUGAAGCCGUAUAAAAAAAAUAGUGACCCUAUCAUCCGCGGCCUGAAAAUACACACCACGAAGAAAGUUUACGGACCGUUCGGAACGGAAGAAUGGCCAUGGGAUGCUCGUGAAAACAUAACAGAAUUUCGUAUCCCCUCGGAAUCAGGUGGUGGCAGGAUCGUUGGCUUUUUCGGAACGGCGGGACCAUAUCUUAAUUCUAUUGGAGCGCGUUUGGAGCCAUAGUAGAUGAAUCCCCCUCCCUCCCCCAAGCUUUUUUUUUUUCUCCUUGGCUUGUGAUUGUAAGACUC